AUGGUGAUCGGCCUCCUAGCAAUUACCGCCAUCCCCACCGUCACCGGCGUGGCCAUGGGGGUGAGUGAACAGCGCAAAGCAAAUGAGAGGAAGAAUGACGAGCGACGUAUGGCAAAAUUCAAUAUCGAUGUCGCACCACCACCGAACGAGGAACCUGACGAUGAGGUCCAUGGGUUACGGGUGGUGCUGAGGGACUUUAAGGUUUAUCUUGAUGAUCCUGUUCCCUCGAAGCGAAAAAUACCCUCACAUACCGCGGCAGCGUUCUAUAUUGAGUACCCGGAGCCGGAACAUACAAAGCACCUUAAGCGGGGCUUAGGAUUGGCGACCACCAUUUCAGAUAACCCGCCGAUGUUGGGUUGGAUAUACGCAGAUAGCUACACACAUGAAAUGAAAUAUGGGAACCGGUCAUCGAGUUGCGAUCAUGUCGUUGGGCCGUGGGAUUGGGAGGAUGAGGAGACCACGGUGACACUGGAGGAGAACAGGCAGUUUGUGGCCGUGCAGGAAGAUGAUGGCUCCUGGGCGCUAUACUACGAUCGCGAUGGAGAUGAUUUGGAGGCCCUUGCGAUUAAAGCGGAGCCUGAUUGA